UUAUUUAAAUUUUUAAUAAAAGCGCUAAAAAUUGUGAAACAAUUUUUUAAUAUUACAAUGAAUGAAGUAUUAAAAAACUGGAGUCCUUAUUUAAAAGAGUACGAUCCACUAAAAGCAGGAAGUAUCGAUGGAACUGAUACAGAGCCACAUGAUAAAGGAAUUACUCGUGCUAUUAAUUCGCAUUACCAGCCGCCGCAUAAUUUAAAGUCAUAUCCUUCUUCAACUUUAUUUGUAUCGAAGCUUAAUCCUAAAACUACAAGACAGGAUUUAAUUCAGGAGAAGUUAUAACAGCAAAAAUAAUCGUCGACGUUGUUACUGGACAAUCUAUGUGCUAUGGAUUCGUAGAAAUGGCGACUGAUGA